AAGAUGCUCAGUCUAAUAUGUCAAUAAACAAAACAUUUGCAAGAGAUAAUACUCAUUCCUACAAUAAUAGUAUGCCAACUCAAAAUAAUAAUUCAUUGCAUCCUGUAUUACAAAUGAUUGCUCAGGGAACAAAACCAAAUGUCACAGAAUCUCAGUAUAGUGCAUCAGUACAUUCAAAAGACGAACUCCAUAAGCUAUCUUCUACGGAACAUGGUUUCUAUUCUAGUGCCCCAUCUCAUAAUCAACUCCAUUAUAUUUCUGCUCCUCAUUCCGCACCUCCUGUUUUUCCUUCUCUUCCUUCUCAGUCAUAUAACUUUUCUAAUUCCACAUACAAUUAUCCCAGUACAAAUUUUUCUCUUCCGUCUGAUCAGCAGCAUUUAAACAAAAUACAGAAGACCGAUUACUCAUUUUUUUCUAAUUUUUCUAAUUGUAUUGAUAGUGGCGAAUAUCAUCAUUAUUCCAAUGACAAUUUAUCUAUGCCUGUGCCAACUUCAACAUAUGAAUCCCUCUGAACCGGUAUCUUUGAUGUAUAAUAUUUGUUUCAUUAUUUUUAUAUAUCUCUAAUUGUUCUUUGGUUUAUAUAAACUUUUCUAUUAAUUUAGAACUUAAUU